UGGCCACUGCCUUUUAUAACCCGGGGCUGCCUUGCUAUGGGAGGGUUAGUAUCGGCGAGGAACAGGCGAGGGAACAUUUGUUGAAACAAACACCGAUUGUAAUUUCACCGCGAUCAAACCACCUGGGGCGGAACAGAAACAAAGUCACCUAGACACAGAGAGAAGGAAUCGCUGCCGUCUGACCUGCCUUGUUUCCAGAAGUGGCCUCUCAGUUCAUUACGCUCAGCAUGGGAUCGGCUGCUAUAACAUUGGGAUGUGUUCUCAUUUGCCUUCACUGCAGGCUAUCUUCAGGUGCUUUGUUGAAACCCGUCACAAAUGUCAAGUGGAAAUCGUUCAAUUUCGACACAUUACUAGAAUGGCAGAAAACUUCGGAAGACGUGACAUACACUGUGAGAGUCAGUGGCAUUAAUUCUAACUGGAUUAAAAAGCCUGAAUGCACCCGGAUACAAACAACAAGAUGUGACCUGACUAACGUGUUGCAGAAUGUGUCCGACACCUACACUGCAGAGGUACUGAGCUACCCUCCCGGUGACACAGAGGAAAACGAAGACCCUCCUGUCGCCAAAUCACCUCCAAUCCAGCUCUUAAAGGACACCGUGAUUGGACGACCAAGUUUCACAGUCACCCGAAAAAACACUACGGAAAUUCAACUGAAAAUAGACGAUCCUAACACACACAUCCGCUUUUUAAAUCGCACUCGAAAAACACUACGGGAUAUCUAUGGGUCUGAGCUCGAGUACAAAGUGUUUUAUUGGAAGGACCGCACAAGUGGCAAGAAAACUAAAAUUGCAAAAGAGCAAGUGAUAGUAAUGGAUGUUGACCCUGGCGUUAGUUACUGUUUCUCCAUUCAACCCCAUAUCAUAUCACCGUAUAAGAAUGGCCAAGAAAGCAAGAUCAUAUGCUCAUCCUCUGAAGAUCGUUCUCCUUUUGAAGAUUUCGGCAUCGGUGCCUAUGCUUUGAUGGCACUCGGAGUCCUGCUGCUCAUCGUGGUGGUGGUCGGGAUAACGGUGUACAUGUGCCGCCGAAAGGCUCCCCACACCCUCGCUGAAGCCAAUCCUCUAACGGCUUAGACCCAACGUGGAGGACCUGGGAUUUUUUUAGCAGAACCGGCCGUUGUUCCAGGAGCUGGGGGCAGGGUUUUCCUACCCUGAUGGUCAGAAGCAAAAUGUUUCUUUGUGCAUUCACGCCUUACAGUACGCAGCCGACCCUUCCCAGCUGGACGGGGGAAAAGAAAGAUUUGUUUCUGUGAAACUCUAGGAUUUAUCCAGGUACUAAACACAUGCAGAACGGUUUCUGCAAUCUUCUAAAGCACUAAUAAGGAAACUCUCGAUGACUGAUAAGGCACUUUCAUAUAUUAUUCUCUGUUGGUUUCUGGGUUGUACUGUGAUGCUGUGAAACUUACAGAUGUUGUAAAUGUAUUUAAUAACUAAAUCUUAAUUAUUUUUUAUUCGCAAUGACGGGGCACCUUAAGGAAUCUUUUGUAUAUUGGUGUUUAUUUAUCUCAAAUAUCUUUCAAAGGGGAAUUUAUCUUUUGUAUGAGUAUUUUAAAACUUUUUUUAUUAAAAAAAAAAACUGACGGUACUUAAUAAAUGAUGGUGACGGGAACAAUGAAAA